AUGGGCCCAGCUUUGGUUCUGUUUUCCAGUUCUUCCCCGUGUUCCCUCUGUUGUGCCGAAGUGGCGAUGGUGGAGGAGCAUUCAGGCCCGCCGGCACCGCGGUUGACGACGGAGCAGCUGGAGGAUCAGAUUCGGCGGCUGACGUAUCGGCCGCCCCCAGCUGUGGUGCAUGACCCCUUUCCGGUGUGUCCAUCCGUAAAGCGGUCGCAGGGGGAGAUUGACGCCGUCACUCAGCGCGUGUUCUAUGAUUCUUGCCAGCACCAUGAACAGGCGCUCCGUGAUGCGAAGGAAAGGGAGGAGAAGGAGUGGGGCUUUGUCUCGAAGAAGCUGCCAGGCGAUGAGGUGGAGGAGAUGGUGAAGCGUAUUUAUUACGACACUCUCGAAAGGCGCAAUGCGUCGCGCAAGGAGGCAGAGGAGCGGUUUUUAUUCAAACCCAUGAAAACCGUUCCCAAGGUCCCUCUUAAAAAGUUUGUGGAAGACAUGUACCUGCAGGGAAUGAAGCGAGAGAAGGAAAAAGAACAAAAGUUAUAUGAGAGGUACAUAUUACCGACAGAAAUCAAAAAAACUUACAUCUCGCGGGAGGACGCGGAGGCGAGCGGGGCGCGGCUAUCAUCCAAAACAGGAGGGAACUAG